AUGACUAGUCUGGCGCAUGAGGGGAGAGCAGUGGAUGCUGUUUAUCUUGAGUUAAACAAGGUUUUUGACACUGUCUGCCAUAACGUCUUCACCGGCAAACUGACGAAGUACAGACUAGGGGUGGAGUGGGGGCUGAUUUUUCCUGAUGCUAACGGGGAGUACCAGUCGCCUAUUAACUUGAACUCGAGAGAAGCUAAAUAUGACCCCUCGCUCCUGGAAGUGCGUUUGUCGCCAAACUACGUAGUGUGUCGUGACUGUGAAGUGAUCAACGACGGGCAUUCAAUUCAGAUUGCCCUGAAGUCAAAAUCAGUGUUAAUAGGGGGGCCAUUACCUCGAGGACAUGAGUUUGAACUACACGAUGUUCGAUUUCACUGGGGAAGAGAAAACCAGCGUGGUUCUGAGCACACGGUUAAUUUUAAGGCCUUUCCCAUGGAGCUUCAUCUAAUGCACUGGAACUCCACACUGUACAGCAGCAUUGAUGAGGCAGUAGGGAAGAAGCACGGCAUAGCUAUUAUUGCUUUGUUUGUGCAGAUAGGAAAAGAGCAUGUAGGCCUAAAGGCUGUAACUGAAAUUCUCCAGGACAUCCAGUACAAGGGAAAGUCCAAAACAAUACCCUGUUUUAAUCCCAACUCUUUAUUGCCAGAUCCUCUACUGCGUGACUACUGGGUGUAUGAGGGCUCUCUAACCAUUCCACCCUGCAGUGAAGGUGUCACCUGGAUAUUAUUUCGCUAUCCUUUGACUGUGUCCCAAGUGCAGAUAGAGGAAUUUCGUAGACUGAGGACACAUGUUAAAGGUGCAGAACUUUUAGAAGGCUGUGAUGGAAUCUUAGGAGAUAACUUCAGACCAACUCAGCCACUUAGUGAUAGAGUCAUCAGGGCUGCAUUUCAGUAGCAGAAGAGGAAGAACAACAAAAAUAAAUCUUUAUUCAGAGAGGGGGAAGACAAUGCUCCCACAGUGCCCUCGGAUGAGAAGUGGAAACUUUUGAAGCUGCUGCUUCAGUUGAACCACAAAGCCUGUAUUGUUUGUCUUCAUCUAAUUCAGCCUUGAUAGACAGCUUUGACAGUUGGUCUAUCCGCACGGUCCAGUGAAAUUCUGGGAAUGGGGCUGUACAUUAAAAGAAGAAAACACAUUAAAUCUUCCAAUUCACACUGUUAACUAUUUUUAAAUGGUAAUUACCAUUGCUUAGAUAAUUUCUUUGCCAUAGCAUUCAAUAGUGGUCUGUGAUCCAAACAGUACCACUUUUAAGCUUGGUAUGAAUGUUAAUAUGUAGAAAUACUCGUUAUUGUUUUGAAUGUUAGAUUUAAUUUUAUUCUGUGUCAUCUCUUGUGCUGUCAGUAACCAUCUUUUCUGUAGAGGGGAGGUGCAUUCUAUAAAGCUAAUAAAAACAUUGUUUGUUCACAGAGA